AAGCAAUCGUUUAUCCGAUCUCUAGUUCAGCGUCCGCAUGUCAGACUCGCUGGUUUUCAAGAUGUUCAUAGAACGGGCCUUCCACCUGACGAUACCAGUGAAAAGGCCCGUCUUAGAAAAUGCCGAUUACCAGGAUGAGCUCUUCAAAUGUACUGAAUCCAAAUGGAUGCUUAAUGAGAAGCAUCACCUGAAGCAACGCUAUGUCAAGUUCAACGUCGACAACAUCUGCCGUCAGGCUGCCUCACUAUUUGGCAAUGACACGAAAUGUGUGCGCAUCACAAAGCUGGAGGGGAACUUUAACAAAGCAUAUGCCCUCACAAUGGACGACGACAACGAGGUUAUCGCAAAGGUCCCGUCUCCAAUUUCAGGUCCACCAUCGCUGAGGGUAGCGUCUGAGGUGGCUACGACGAAUUUCUUGCGGUCACGUACUUCGAUUCGGGUUCCAGAAGUGUUUGCUUGGAAUUCAGACCCAGAGAAUCCGGUAGACACGGAGUAUAUCAUCAUGGAGAAGAUACCAGGAAUUGCACUGUCCACGAAAUGGGCAGAAAUGCAACUGGCGGACCGCUACAAAAUAAUCAAGCAAAUCGUUGAAAUGGAGAAGGAACUUGUACGUUUCAAGUUUCCGGCCUAUGGGAGUCUCUUUAUGCGUGAUUCUGUGCCUUAUGGAUAUCGCCAUUGUCCACUCCCUCCAGACUUGGAUCCUGCCGGGUUGUUUUGCAUUGGACCAUCCUGCAGUGGAUCUGUUUGGGGCGAGGACUUGAUUCACUUGCCCCAACCCGUGGCAAAUACCGGUCCAUGGUUCUCUCUUGAGGAGUUCGUACUGUCUAUCCCACAGCGGGAAUUAAAUCAGUUAGAUUUUGACGCAAACUGGAAAGCUGAAGUGCAGAAGCAGCUCAAUCAGUUUGACGAGAAGCAGUCUGUUGAUGAAUACAGCAGUCUAUUACAUAAAGCGAAGAAAAUGCUCCCUAUACUAGCACAGGACCCGCGUGUGAUAGAAGCAGCAGACUCCGUUCUGUGGCAUCAAGAUAUGCAUCUGGGGCAGAUUUUCGUCUCUCCAGGCGACCAAACAACCAUUCAAGGAAUAAUUGACUGGCAGUCAACUCGAGUUGCUCCUUUAUUCAUACAAGGUCAAUUCCCAGAGUUCCUGAGGUAUCCGAAAAGUAACAAACAAGGCUUCGAUACUCCCAAAUUACCGGAAAAUUACGACGAAAUGGAUUCCGAGGAGAAACAAGAAGCCAAGUCGGAAUACAGAGCGAAAUCCCAGUCCAAAUACUACGAGAUGUAUUGUCUCUCACACAACAAGACCGCUUAUAAUGGAAUGUCAUUAGACCGGAGACUAUGGGAACCGUUCACACCUUAUACGCUCCACCAUGGCAGUAUCGCCCCAGUGCGUAGCUUCCUGGGACGCCUUGCGCAAGAUUGGGAUGACCUUGGCCUUGCAGGCCUCUGUCCUUUCUCAUUUACUGAAGAAGAGUUGAAGAAGCACAAUGAAGAAGCGGAAGAAUACAAAGUAAUAUCUGAGCUUUGGGACAUGGUGAAGACGGCGCUCUACACUAAUGGGGAUGGUUGGGUCCCGAAAGACCGGUGGGAGGCAACAACUGAGUUGAAUAAGGAGUUAUAUGAUAAGUUCAUGGAGUGCGUGGAUCAGGAACCAGACGAGGCGGCGAAGAUGUAUGAUAAGUAUCCGUUUCCGCCCCAAAACUAUUGUUGAGUUGCGGACUCUGGGUGUCUGGGUUGAUCUAGGAUAUCUGGAUUGUUUGCUGUGAUGUGAGAGGACUCUGAAGCCAUGUUGUGAUCUACGAAGUCGCCUGAAUUGUCACAAUGCUGGUGAUCUGGAAAGCUUUGGGAUUGCCUCGAUAUCCGGCGUCUCUAUGUACUCUUCUCCCAUAGGUGCCUCGAUACUCGUGGGUUUGUAAGCCUUAGCAAUUCCCAGACAUCCAUCCCUCGACUUUGAGUUCCUUGUUUGCUUGUUCAGUCGAACCCCAAAAUCACG